AUGGCAGAGCGCACCGACUACUGGCAUUUCAUGCUGUGUCUCGGCGUGCUCGGCGGUGUUGGCGGAGCCGUAGCCAGCACUCUGGCAAUUUCAGCCGCGGGCAAACUCUUUGUAGAACGGCGAGGAACAGCUAUUGGGUUCGCUUUGGCUGGAGCAUCAGUGGGAGGGGUUGCUAUACCACUUUUACUCAACGCCACGUUUCCUCGCUUCGGUUGGGCUUGGUCGAUGCACUUGGGAAUCCGCUCAGCGGCGCCGAGCCUGGAAGCCUUUGGUUCUGGAACAUUUUGCUUUACCACUGUGGGUUUUGCAUUGAUUGAGCUUGCCAUGUUCGGUAUCAAUGGCCUGCUCCCUACAUUUGCGGUGUCUGUCGGCUUUUCAUUGCAGACCGCGUAUGUCUUGCUUUCCGUGCUGGCAGGAAGUUCCUUCUUCGGUCGCAUAGUUGCUGGCGUAGCAGCAGACUACAUUGGAAGUUUCAAUGCCUUGGUUAUCAUGAGCACGUUCUCGGCUGUUGUGACCGCUGCUCUGUAUGUUCCCUUUGGAGAUACCUCCCCCAAGGCCCUAUUUGCCUUUGCAAGUCUCUGGGGAUUCGGGUCCGGGUCGUGUCUCUCCCUUCGUGCGUUGGAAAGACCUGUGGGGGGAAAGAUUAUGGAAGAUAUCAUGGUACAAUGCUAUCAGUAA